UUUUGGCGCCAAAAGGCAGCUUCGCAGCGGCCGUAAUUGCCUCCGUCGAUUUUGCCGCCGGAAAUGUAUUCAACCGCCCGCUAUACGCUCGUUGACUGUAGUCAACUUCAAUCGCCGUCGCCGAUCUCCAAAUCUUCUUUGCAACUCGUUCACCCGCGCAAAAUUGUUUCCAUUUCUCUCUUAUUCGCAACAACUCAUCGCUCUCCCAAUGGAUUCCGGCGAAUCCGAAUUAUAUCCGGAAGACAAAUAUCUUCUCAUUCAUCGGCAGCUUCAAGCAGCAAUAACUACGCGUUUGAUUGUGAUUCAACUCACAAUGACUUUGUAUUGCCCCCUGGUAAGCUGCAGUUUAGAAAUGUGACAUGGAUUGGUAUUGCCACAAUCACUAGCAAAGUUCUGGGAUUAUUGAGGGAGAUUGUUAUAGCUUCAGUUUUUGGCAUUGGUCUGGUGGCAACUGCCUUCAGGUAUGCUUCGGUGCUGCCUGGUUUUGCUGCAUCGGUUCUUGGUGGUGUUAAUGGUCCUAUUCACAUCACAAUGACAGCUACGUUAAGGCUAGUCGAUAUCUCUCUGCUAUUUUCUUGA